CGAGGAUGUAACAAAUCGCGUUUAAAUGCCAAAACAGUAUUUUCUGUUCAUGAUAUUCCGCUUUAUGUCACAAUAGUGAAUACGAUCUGCGUAAAGACCCACUGUAGUGAGCACUGAGUUGACAAACUAAAGGAUGCAAUUGCUGAGCUGACACUGUCCCGAGAAUCAAAAUGGCCAGUAAGAAGGAUGGUCCACCGCCCAGGCCUCCUGCGCCAAGGUUGGGCCUGGACAAGCUACGCUCGAGCAAGAAUAGCUCUGGGCCGUCGAUAUCAAUUCGGUUUAACAACGCAAUGAACAACGAUGAUGACGACGAUGAAGAGGAGCUAUUCACGCUCACCGGUUUCAACAACAAGAAUGAAACUCUCCAGUUGGGAAAGAAUGACUCCAAAUCUGUGUCGUCUGCUACGCCGAAAAGGCCAACAAGACUGAUCUCGCCCAAAGUAGAAAUCAAAACAUUCCCGAAAAGCAACUCAAAAGAGAACAUCUCCCGGUCAAUUCUUGGUGAUAUAAAGGAGAAGAUAUCAGAUAAGAUUGCUGAUCCUCUCAAUGCCAUUUCGCGGAAGUUGGAGGAGAUGUCACCUACGAAUCCCGAGGCCGGCACUGGGAAGGAUUUGAUGGAUAUUAAGAAGGAUGGGUCACCGUCACUAUCCACUGCCCCAGUCUUACUCCCCACCAUUUCCCCCAGCCAGAGCUCGAGUAAUAUCGAGGCCAGUGCGAAAAGUGGUGAGCACUCGGCCAGUCAUUCGCGGCACUCCUCCGUUGAUCGUAGCAGCUUGGGGAGUGUGAAAGACUUGGAGGGUAGCCCGGUGAGGGAAUUGAAGCAGUCCGACAGCCCAGUGGGUAUGGCCAGAGACGAGAGACGAGCUGGUUCCAUGACCAGUGACAUUGACAUCAACGAAUUGAAACGUCGCUCUAAUUCUAUACGCUCCACUGUGACAUCAGAUGAUAUCUUCGACGAACCCGUUGAGGACUUUUUUGGCUCACAGAACAUCACUUUCGGUCGACCCCCAUCUCAGAGUGCUCCCUCUCCCCCUAUAUCGAGACGCACGUCGGGUCAGUCUAGACCCCUGGCCAGUUCAGUGGAGGGAGAUCUAGUUACACCAACAAAACGUACAACCCCAACAAAACCAGCUAAACCCGUUGCCAUGACACUAUCCAGCCUCUUGAAAAAACCGGAUGUGGAGGAUGAAGAACUCUAUCUUGAUGCGAGUCCAGAUUACCCAGAAAAACCAGCGCAAAUACCAAAAUCUGAAUCUACGAAUGUCUUUCAAUCUGUGCCAACUCAAAAACACGCUGAAAAGACCCCUGUUGUAAUACCGCCAAAGAGCAGUGAUCUACCCCGACCGAUUCCAGUAACGAAAGUCUUAGUUUCCACGCUUAGUAUAUUUUUGUAUUUCAUCAUUCCGUUUCCUCCAUACGUGGCCGGCCUGAUCAUGGGUAUGGCUCUAGCUGGGGGUGUACUCUUCGCCUAUUUGUGGUUGACCAAACCCAAGAAUCCGAGGGAGCCAUUCAGUGUGGCCAAGCUUGAAGAUCUUGUGCCCGAGCUUGUGCCGGAGAUACGAGAGUCCAAAUACCAGGAUGGAAUAUUCAGGUAUUUGCAGCCCUAUCACCCGAAGAGGUUAUACCGGGGUUGGAUGAAUGAGGCUGCCGAGUAUGACCCAGAGGAUUACCACAUCAACAAAACUCAUUCCAUAUACGUCAGCCUGGAGGGGACGACAUUACGGUUACAGCGACCGAAGACCAGCAUCCCAAAGCGGGGCAUGUGGGAUGAACCGCUACCGAGUCCAAAAUUCAUCCACCAACGAUAUUAUGACGUAACUGGGAGUAAAAUCGUCCUUCUUCCACCAGAAUUAGUGAAAAAGCGUUUGUGGAGUAAAAAAUACCCUGUGUGCAUUUAUCUCAAAUCUGGUAACAACGGAAAAAGUAAUGUUAAGGUAGACUCUCGACACUCACCUUCCAAGACGCAUGAAUCUGUGUCGCCAUCUGAAUCGUUUGACGAGGAUGCUGAGAAGGAUUUCGAGAUUGUAUCAAAAGAAUCGUGCAACGAAGUGGUGCUUUAUUUAUUUGCCCGGACUACGCGGGAGAAGGAGGAGUGGUACCGGCGGUUUGAGGCGGCGUCGCGCGGUAAACCGCUGAUCAACUACCUGGCCGAAUCGUCCAAGCUGACGCGGAGCGCGUCGGCCGAGUUUCAGAAACACCGCCGACAGAGCAGUGAUUCAUCCGUGAGCACAGCUGAGCCUGGGAUGAAAGAACUCAAAGAAAUGAUUGACCCAGAUGAAAAGAUGCAGACGGAUUACAUCCGUUUCCUUGCUCGCGUCAUGCCAGCAGACGCCAUCUUGAAAGUGGCCAAGUCGUCAAGUUUGAUACGCAAGGAAGGGGCGCGGUGCGGUUUCAUAGUGUGCGAACCUCAGCUGAUUUCUGUGAAUGCGUUGAUAUCGAGAAUAUUUUGGGACUUCCUUCGCGAGAAAUACUGGGCAGAAAAGGUGGCGGAGAAAAUCCAGAAGAAACUCAGUAAAAUUCACGUUCCUUACUUCAUCAAUGAGCUGACCAUCACUGAUAUAGAACUGGGGAAUGAAAUGCCUGUGAUACGUAAAGCCUACAAGCCUUAUUUAGAUGAGCGAGGCCUCUGGAUCGACCUUGACAUUGCCUAUGGUGGAGGCUUCAGAAUGACCUUGGAAACGAAGGUCAACCUGAUGAAACUGAAGAAGACCUCCAAGGAAGAAGUUCCUAGGGUUUAUCGGCCGAGAGACAUGACUGAUGGAAAGAGGUCUGCUGUAACUCACUCGGAUGAAGAGGACAGUGUGGAAUCAUCAACAGAUGAGGAAGCAGAAGAGAAUCCCCCAGUGGAUACGGCAGACGACAGUGGUAUCCGGGGCAGUGGGACGAGUAAGAAGCUCCUGCGUAUCCUCGACAAGGUGACCAACUCCAAGUACUUCCAACAAGCGACCGAGAAUAAAUACAUCAAACGUGCCAUGGAGGGCGUGUCAAAUACUCGUCUUGUACUCAGUGUCGAGGUGCAGAGUCUGGUUGGGAAACUGGCCAUCAACAUUCCUCCUCCACCAACUGACCGGUUUUGGUACGGUUUUCGCACCAAUCCACGUCUCUGGUUAUCUGCUAAGCCACAAGUUGGAGAGAGGGCAAUAUCCGUAACGCACAUCACCGAUUGGAUAGAGAAGAAGCUGGCUCUUGAAUUCCAGCGAGUGUUUGUGAUGCCAAAUAUGGAUGAUUUAGUCGUCCCGCUCAUGUUCGAUAAGAUCAACACCGCAGAAGGUGUUGGUGCUGCCCAACAUGGAUGACUUGCCGAUUCCCGUCAUGAACCCCGGCGUUGUUAACAAUGGGCCUUGUGAUGCCGACACAUAGAUGGCGCUUUGCUCCUCUCUCUGCUGAUUGGUGAUAUGGGACUUUGUUGUUGCUUGCGAUGAUUUUUUGUCGAUCUUGAGCAACUCAUGCAACACAUACCUUGCCAGACAUACCUAAUGCGCACUGCAGACAAGUGAUAUGUGACAUUUAUUAUAUACAACAAAUAUCACCAGUCUGUCGUGGUCAUUGUAGGUUCCUGUAUCAAGACCAGUUAGAAAUGAUAGAUUUUCACAAACUUUGUUGGGUGAGCCGGGAAUGUACCGGUAAUCAUCAGUGCCUUUGGAGGAAGUGUGAGAUAGUUGUGAAAAUAGGCUAAAAUAUGGCUGCAGUGAGUUGCUCAAGAUGAUGUUUUUCAUUUUUAUGAUUGCUCACAGUGGUGCAAUGUUGUAUUCCAUGCUCUCACCUUUGCUCUAACUCCAUUCGUUUGUCUCCUUCAAGAUGGCGAAAGAAUGUUUUGUGUGCUUCGGUGUAGUGAAUGUAAUCACCAAACUUCUGUUGUGACCCCUGUAAAUAGGUGCUAGAUACACUGCUGGUGUUUACCCAUGUGAAUACACCCCGAGUGCAGUAUGUUCACAAAUUUAUCACAUUUCACCUUUGAGUAACCAGUCUAGGAUUUCACAUGCCAGCCUGCUGGAAAUGCUAGUGUGAACCCCACAACAAAGGUGGCAGUAGUGGUCACUUUAUCAUGCCAUGUCAUGUCAUG